CGCGCUGGCCGCGCGGCCGCUCACAGGAUCAGCGGCGGGAUAAGCCACAACCCCCACCCUGCUCGCGUCUCGUUCGGUGAAGACGUGCGCGUUCCGGUGAAGGACCCCCGCUCCCCCUCACCCCAUUCGUACUGGAAGGAAGACUCGGCGAACCCAUGCUCGUCGAGCGGUGACACUCCGACCGAACGCCCCACCUCGCCCGCCCGCCUUCCCUCCCAUCAGUCUGCCCGCCGAUGAGAUUCUUCAAGCUGACGUUCAAGUGUUUUGUGGAUUGUUUCUGAAUCUCGACACUCGGGACACUUUGGACGUUUUGUUUGGGUUUGAUUCUUCUGGAACGUUGCCACUUUGAUUUGAUUGACGGCUGACACUCGAGAGGAGAUAGAGAGAGGGAGGGAAAGAGAGAACGAGAGAGAAAGAGAGAGAGGGGGGCAAAAAAAGAAAAAAAAAAGAAAAGCUUUUGGAUAUUUUUGACCGAGCGCCUUUUUUAAUUGAUGAACAGGCAGACUGCGCCGCCCGUCUCCCCCACCUGCUCGCUGCUGCCCCCGGAGGAGACCAGCGGGAGUCAGCUCGGUGGAGGGCCGAUGGCGGCGGAGGCUGCGGCGGCCAGCCCGAACGGACCCGGGACGGACGGAGCCGGAGCCGGUGCCGAGGGCAAGAAAGGCGGCGUGGUGAUCGUGGGGCCGCCGCCGCCGCCGCCGCCGGUGGUGCGCCAGGAGCGCGAGACGUGGAGCAGACAGAUGGACUUCAUCAUGUCGUGCGUGGGCUUCGCGGUCGGCCUGGGGAACGUCUGGAGGUUCCCCUACCUGUGCUACAAGAACGGAGGAGGCGUCUUCCUCAUCCCGUACCUGCUGAUCGUCUUUGUGGGCGGGGUGCCCAUCUUCUUCCUGGAGAUCUCACUGGGUCAGUUCAUGAAGGCGGGAAGCAUCAACGUGUGGAACAUCGCACCACUAUUCAAAGGUCUGGGCUACGCGUCCAUGGUGAUCGUGUUCUUCUGCAACACGUACUACAUCAUGGUGCUGGCGUGGGCCUUCUACUACCUCAUCAAGUCGUUCAGCAGCCAGCUGCCGUGGUCCUCCUGCGGCAACCCCUGGAACACCAACAGCUGCGUGGACGCCUUCAGCCUCCACCAAUGCAACAACGCCAGCGGCAACGCCACCGUCGCCGGCAGUAACCUCACCUGCGCCCACGUGGCCCAGGCCAGAUCGCCCAUCAUUGAAUUCUGGGAAAACAAGGUUCUGAACAUCUCAUCGGGCUUGGACGAUCCGGGUCAAAUCAACUGGGAGUUACUGUUGUGUCUGAUGGCCGUGUGGCUGCUCAUCUACUUCUGUGUGUGGAAAGGCGUCAAAUCCACCGGAAAGAUCGUGUACUUCACGGCCACCUUCCCGUACGUGGUGCUGAUCAUCCUGCUGGUCCGCGGAGUCACGCUGCCCGGAGCGUACAACGGCAUCAUGUACUACAUCAAGCCCGACUGGUCCAAGCUGGAGGAGGCUCAGGUGUGGAUCGACGCCGGCACGCAGGUGUUCUUCUCCUACGCCAUCGGUCUGGGAGCGCUGACGGCUCUGGGCAGCUACAACCGCUUCAACAACGACUGCUACAAAGACGCCUUCGUGCUGGCGCUGAUCAACAGCGGCACCAGCUUUUUUGCCGGCUUCGUGGUCUUCUCCAUCCUGGGCUUCAUGGCGGCCGAGCAGAGCGUGGACAUUUCGCAGGUCGCCGAGUCAGGUCCUGGUCUGGCAUUCAUCGCAUAUCCAAAGGCGGUCAGUUUGAUGCCAGUGGCGCCAUUGUGGGCAGGACUCUUCUUCUUCAUGCUGCUGCUGCUUGGUCUGGACAGUCAGUUCGUGGGCGUCGAAGGUUUCGUGACGGGCAUCCUGGAUCUGUUCCCCGGCAAAUACGAACACCGCUACAAGAGGGAGAUCGCCGUCGCCCUCUGCUGCUUGCUGUGCUUCAUCAUCGACAUCUCCAUGGUGACGCAGGGAGGAAUGUACGUCUUCCAGUUGUUUGACUACUACUCAGCCAGCGGGAUGACGCUCCUGUGGCAGGCCUUCUGGGAAUGCAUGGUGGUGUCGUGGGUCUAUGGCGCCGACCGCUUCAUGGACGACAUCGCGCGUAUGAUUGGCUACAGGCCGCUGCCCUGGAUGAAGUGGUGCUGGUCCUUCAUCACGCCGUGCGUGUGCAUGGGCAUCUUCCUGUUCCAUCUGGUCAACUACAAGGCGCUGACGUACAACAACACGUACGUGUACCCGUGGUGGGGAGAAGUCAUUGGCUGGUGUCUGGCGCUCUCGUCCAUGUUGUGCAUCCCGCUCAGUGUGGCCUACAAACUCUUCCGCGCCAAAGGCUCCUUCGCACAGCGCUGGGCUCGUCUGACCAGCCCGGUGUGGGGGAGCCACCACCUGGAGUACAUGGCGCCCGACGUCAAGCCGCUCGGCUCGCUUUCGCCCGCCAGCGAUGACGACAAAGUCAUCAUCUUCGAGAGCGUCAUGUGACCCCCCGAACGUCAGCCUGCUCGCUCACUCGCACUUUAUCACGCUCGUCUUUCUUGUCUGACCCGCCAAAUUGAAAACACUGUGAAGCAUCCGGUCCUGCUCCAAAACCAGGACCGGGACCCCCCCCCCACCACCCGGCAGCCCAGAAAGAAAAUACCAGCACUGGAAGACAAAAAGAGUGGUCGUGCGCGUUGCCUUAUGAUGUUGUCUUAAUGCCAUUCGUUGUUCACCAGCCAAUCAGCAGACUUUUCUUUUGUUGAUGCAAAAAAGGGAUUUUGUUGUUGUUGGUUUAAAGGAGACAUAUGUUCACCCCCAACACACACACACACACACACAAUUGAAAAGUGUUCCUCUGCAUUGAAAGAAAAUUUGUCAAAAGGCCCCUUGAAACAAUAAUUAGAGACAUAUUUUAUUUUAUUAACUGUUUGGAUGAUAACAUUAGUAGGGCGCUUUUCCAUAUGUCCUCUUUUCACUACUGACUCAAAGGGAUUUUUUUUUUUGGUUUGUUGCGUUUCCUUAGCGUUCAAAGUGCUGAAAACUUUUUCAGUGUUUGAAUAAUGUUAGCUCGCUAAUUUUCUUUCGUGCACUUCAUUUUGUAAAUUACCCGUCACCAAAAUCAGAAAGUGUACCAAAGACCGAUAUCGGUUCUCCACGAAUUCCACAUUGGAGAGCCAAUCACCUCAUGCUUCCGGUCACCUGUGCGUCUGUAAAUGACGUCACGAUGACGUAGCCCCAAUUUUUUUUUUUUUUUUUUUUGCUGUUCAAAGUUUUUACACAUGACCAGCAAGUGGUAUGGCAGUUAUAACAAAAACACUUGAAAUCCGUAAGUAGAAAAGAAAAUGUGAACAAGUUGUAAAUAAUUUUGUUUUAUUGUGAAAAUGUGACAGGAAUUGGUGUUUAACCCUCUUGGAUGUCUGGAAUAGCAAUAAUGUUGCUGGGGCGUGCUAAUUACCCUCAAGUGUAAAAAAAAAAAAGUCUCGGUAAACAUUGUUUGCAUUUCAUGAUUAACUCAAUUAAUAGCAAUAAUUACAGAUGAUUACAUUAACCAAGCCAUAACAAAUUCAGUCGAAACUCGUUACAACGUAGCAUGGGAGGCGAAUCCCGCGCCGAACAUUUUGUUCGUAAGGUCCCGCCGGAGGUUCGUCGCAACGAAGAUCGUGUCGUUUUCAUUCACAGUACAAGAGAAAUCGGCAAAUGUAAACUGAAUGACGUGAAAUCGGGACUCUGAAAUGUGAACUUUAUGGCGGUGAAAACGUUGAAGCGAGGUUCAACUGGAGAGCUUUUUACGUUAUUUACUUAAAAAAAAGGCUCUGCUUAAACCGGAAC